AUGGCCGACGAGGACCUGUACGGCGACCUCGACACGUCCGUGACGGGCCUCAGCAGCGUGCACCUCAAGACACAGCUGCACGAGAUCACGGCCAAGUACGAAGCGCUGCUCAAGGAGGCCGGCAACCUCCAGCAUGUCAACGCGCAGCUCGGCGAGCGCAACCAGGUGCUCGAGCGCAACAUAUCUCUACUCUUUGCUACCGCGCAGACCGAGAUUGGCCGCAAGGACAAGGCGAUCCAGGCACUUCGCGACGAAUUGCAGCACGCACAAGAGAAGGCGAUGCGCCAAGCAGAUCGCAGCCGUCCGUCCAACUACGAUGCGCGGGCCCGCGACCACCGGCCACCAAGUGCGAGCAGCCGACCGUGCGCACGUGACUCCCGCGACUACCACCGCUAG